AUGUCAAUCCUCGUGAAUCCUCCCAAACGCAAGCUAGACGAGCUGGAAGGUCCGGUCGAGCAUCAGAGCAGCAGGCGCUUGUCGCAUCUCCCUUUCACCUCGAAUACCCCCCAUGCAGUAGAUCCUACUCCCGGCAACGAUGCGCCUCCACGUCCCCGUGUCAAUUCCGCUCCCCAGACGGAACACUCAGAGGCGUCGCCUUGGUUGAAUGCUUCCUUGCGCGAGCUGAGCUCCAAUCGUCAGUCGCCAGUUUCUUUUGACGGGCCUUUCCAGGCUCAAAGGAAAUUCGCUCCCAAUGCGUCCAUUGUGUUGACCGGAAUCCGCGGCACGGGAAAGUCCAGUCUAGCAGUCAUUCUGGCGGCGACCUCGGGUAGGCGACUGAUCGAUGCAGACCGGUAUUUUCAGCAGGUGACCGGUCGUACACGCGCUUCCUACAAGAAAGAGUUCGAUCUGGUGGAGUAUCGUCAGCAGGAAGCCAGGGUGAUGGAGUCCAUGCUCUCCGAAAACCAAGAAGGCUGCGUCAUCGCGUGCGGGCCUGGUUCCAUGGAGCGCAGUGGGCAGACGCUGCUGAGGGAGUACGCGAAAACCCAUCCAGUCAUCUACAUCCUCCGAGACCCCGAGAGCAUCCAGUCUUACCUGAAAGCGUGGAACACAGACAAGGUUCGUCGUUUUCUGGAACUCUCGGGGCCCAUCUAUCGCGCCUGUUCCAACCUCGAAUUCUUCAAUGUCUCCGAGAAGGGCCUUGCGGACCAUCCGAUUCCAAAAGACGGUCACCAUGACUCGCAAUUAGAAUCGGAGCUUGAUCAACGAGUCCAAGCAAUCACUCCUUUCCUUACCCUCAAACAAUUACAGCGGGAUUUUCUGUGUUUCAUUGCGUUCGCAACGGGCGACACCACAGACCUCAGCCGCCAUAACUCAUCCUUCCCUCUGUCGAUGCAACCAGUUGAAUCGCGCACCUAUACUUAUGCCGUAACCGUCCCUAUCUCGUCCAUGUUAGAACGUGAUCUGGACAUCGAGGAGCUAGAGUCGACCUCCGAUGCGUUUGAGCUGAAGCUGGAUGUGGCCGAGCCACCUUCCUCCCAUCUCGGUCUGGACUCGAGCUUUGCCGAUACCAUUAGUCGGGCGUUCGCCAAUGUCCGACGGAACACGGUCGUUCCAUUAAUAUACCAUGUGGAGAGUAAUGUAUGUCGUUAUGGCUUGAGCGCAGAACACAAGGAUCCCUCGCGGCGGUCGGAUCCUGAGUAUCUCAAAUUAGUCCAGCACGGCCUACGAUUAGCCCCGGAGUUUGUGACAGUAGAUAUGUCCUACGACGACAAGGUACUUUCACAGGUCAUAGCAUAUAAAGGGUCCAGCAAAGUGAUCGGGCACUUUGCUGCUACGCAGCCACCGGCGCGGGGCUGGGAUGAUGCACAGUAUGUCGAGCUCUACGAGCGAGCCAAAAGGUUAGGAUGCGACAUGGUUCGGUUGACACAGCCGGCGGUGACAAUUGACGACAACUUUGCCGUGCAACGCUUUCGCGACCAUAUCAAGUCCCUUCCUACCCCGCAACUGCCUGUCAUCGCGUACAAUGCGGGCCCAUUGGGCCGGUUGUCAUGCUGUUUCAACCCGAUCUUGACCCCUGUCACCCAUCCGUCAAUGGUAGCCGAGAUGCAGUCCAAAGGGUUGCCGUGUAUCACCCUGCGUGAGGCACAGGAGGCUCUGUACGCCUCGUUCACAUUGGACCCCUUGCACUUCUUUGUUUUCGGCGCCAACAUCACCUACAGUCUGUCUCCUGCCAUGCAUAAUGCCGCCUAUAAGCGAUGCGGAAUGCCGCACCAUUACAAGCUCCACCAGUCGUCGACUCUGCGAGGCCUCAAUGAGUUGGUGGAGAAUCCGCAUUUUGGUGGCACCAGUGUCAGCCUGCCGUUCAAAACAGAAGCCAUUCCGCUACUGCAUUCCAUGUCUCCACAUGCUCGAGCCAUUGGCGCUGUGAACACGCUGAUUCCUAUUCGGAGGCUGGGAGACAAAGCCCUCGACGCCGAUAAUUCCUCGUUGUACAUGGAGAAGAGUCGCGCAGGGCCGAUCAAGGCCUUGCACGGAGACAAUACCGACUGGAUCGGAAUUGGAAAUUGUUUCCGAAGAGGCCUGUCACCCGCGAACGCCAUCCGCCCCUCGUCCACUGGGCUAGUCAUUGGCGCGGGUGGCAUGGCGCGCGCUGCCAUCUACUCCAUGAUCCACCUGGGCGUGCAGAAUAUCUUCGUCUACAACCGGACCCUAGCGAAUGCCGAAAAACUCGCCUACCAUUAUAAUCGCCAGAAUCUCCCUUCCCCGGGCCAGGCCGGGUCGGCGGCACGGCCUCAGGUGCACGUGCUGCAAAGCCUACAGGACAGCUGGCCUGCCAAUUACAAGCAGCCGACCGUCAUCUGUUCAUGUAUCCCAACUCACAGCAUUGGAGGGCAGCCGGCCCCGAACUUCGAAAUGCCAGUGCAGUGGCUCGAAAGCCCGACGGGAGGCGUUGUUGUGGAGGUUCGUCAAAUACCACUGUAA